AACUUAAGCACCUAAACAUCUAAAGUCUCGUCUGUAGAUUCUGCAAUUUUCAUUGUCUAAAGGUAAGAUCAUCUAACAUAAGUUCUUCUAGGAUCAAUAAAGACAAAAGGUAGAUGCUAAUAGUCUUUUAGUUAAAAGGAUUUGGAUUUUGAGAUUUGAGUUGGAUUCUUUCGGAAUGCUUACAGGUCUUCGUUACGUAGAAUUGAUUAUCAAAAGUCUGCUCUUUUACUAUUAUGUAUUUCUUCUCCCUUUGACUUGGUUAAGAUUUUUCAUGUAGCUUUAAAUUUGAUUAUCAAAAGUCUGCUAUUGGUACGACUUGUUUUCUAAUAGUCAUGAUGAGACAGCUACUACUUCCCUCCCAUAGUCCCACUGGGUUAACUGUUUCCAAGAAACGUCUUUGCUUAAAAAAACAUAUUUUCACUUGUCAGUAUAAAUGAACAUUGAACAUUCUGAUCUUUGUUAUUUUAUGGAUUUGCACGCCGUGUGAAUAGAAUGAGUACAGGCUCAGGAGUAGUAUCUACAAUUGUGAAGAAGUGGAGAGAGCAUCCACCUUCUUCUUAUUGCCUCAAGGUUGACAACUUCAAACAACUUGAGAAGUUCACAACAUCCUCUGAUGAUAAAUACCAAUCUCGUCUUUUCUCUGCUGGUGGAUAUAACUGGAAACUGAUCGUAUAUCCAAAAGGGAACAAAAAGGACAAUGGAAAAGGAUUCAUUUCGAUGUAUGUGGAAAUAGACAGCAAAAGCUUAAAAUCAGAACAACAAUGUGAGGUGUUUGCUGAACUCAUUUUCUUUGUCUACAACAAGAAAGAAAACAAAUACUUUACUGUUCAAGAUGUAGAAGUAAAGAGGUUCAAUGCACUUAAGACAGUGUGGGGGUUACGGCAAGUUCUUCCAUUUGAUUCAUUCAACAAUCCUGUAAACGGUUAUGUCUUUGAGGAAGAUCAAUGUGAGUUUGGUGUUGAUGUCGUUGUUCCAUCACCCCUUACCAACUGGGAGAUUCUCUCUUUUAAUGAGAAACUCCAAAAACCCAAGUUCUCUUGGACUGUUAAGAAGUUUUCUCAGUUGAAAGAGCAUGAAUACACGUCAAAAAAAUUCUCAGUGGGAGAAAGAAACUGGGUUUUAAAGCUGUACCCAAAGGGAAACUCUAGAGAAGAUGACAAAUGGUUAUCAGUUUUCCUGCAUUCAGCUGAUAGUGAUGCACCAAAAGCAGAUGAGAAGAUUUUCGUGCAAGCAAAGUUACGAGUUCUAGACCCACAUGGAUCCAAUCACAAGGCAUACCAAAUGGACACCUGGCAUAUUGAAAAAAACAUGGGUUGGGGUUGGGAUGAGUUUUUGUCUUUAGAUGAACUUCGGAAGGCUUACUUAGACAAAGAAGAUGCUUUGAACGUUGAGGCCGAAUUUGAAGUUGUUUCUGCGACCAAAUAUUCUCCCAUUAUCUAAGCACUAGCUAUUAUGCAGCUAUUAGAGCUUUUGUUUUAGGUGACGUUUUAGAGCUUUUGUUUUCCAAACUUUUAUGCAGAAUAUAGUGACUUUUGGCUUU